GCUAAAUUGUGAGCAGUAUGAACAUAGUUGCAGAACAAAGAGGCUGAGAGCCAUUGUUAUCAAUUAUUAUCGAAGUACAGUACUUUUGAUCGUGACAACUGAACAUUUUCUGAAAAAAAUAAUAGGAGAAUUUUCGAGAGAAAAACUUCGAGCAAUGACGAUCUCAUCUUGUGGCAACUGUCACCAUGAAUGACAUUUCUCGUACCUGCACCCGUAUACAUAUGAAGGAUUACCUUCAUUAGUACUAGGUCACCAGAGGGUAUUAAUUUUCACUCUUUCAUCCACCCUCCGAAGUAUCAUCCCUCCAUGAUCCAGUGAUCAUCACCAGUGGAGCACUGACAGGGGGCAGAAUAAACAUUGAAUUAAUGGCUGACGAUAAUUACCACCAGCAAUCUUUGUCGAAAGGCAAUGAUGGGAUUGUCUUUCACUAUGAUUGGCCGCCCGAAAGACGAUUGGCCCUGAGGGAUGCCAAUGGCAAUGGGAAACAAGCAUCAACAUUUGGUAAACAAGCUCUGCCAAAAGCCCUCGAUUGCUAUCACCGACAGCAGGACUCUGACGAUGGCAUCGAAUGUGCUGAUCUGGAUUUUGGAUACGAUGAUACAGAUACACAUACCAAUGAAAUUGCUGAGUUGUACAGUUACACUGAGCAGAAUGAACUUACUCUCAAUCUCAAGGCAUUCGAGGACCUCAUGGAGAGCUACAAGCUCCGUCCUUGGUGGCAGAAUGUUCCGCAGCCGCAACAAAAAUCAGUGAUCCUCAAACUUCUGGACCAGUUAGAAGUCUCCAACAAGCACUCGCGAAUGAAAGCCGCCCGUUGCAUCCUGUACCUAGUUCAGGGCUGUUGGGCAGAGGUACAGUCUGACAAGGAGCAGCAAGACUGGACACGAACAAAUGUCAUGAUGCUAUAUGAGGCUGGAAUAUUCUCAGCUUUCGUCGAGCUCUUGAACAUCGAGAUAGAGAACAGCACAGCAGCGAGUUCAGCGAUGAGAAAGCUAGCAGUGAGUCUCGCUGACUCUGUGGAUCUUCGAAUAAUCCUCUCAGUUCUCUAUAUAAUAACUGAGGUGAUGAGAGAGGAAUCAAAGAAUUUGGAAUCCUCUCCCUACAAGGACAAUGUUCUGAACUUCAAAGAGGAACUGAUUCAAGUUUACGGUGAGGAUCUGUUAAUCGUUAAACUCCUGGGGAUGGUGAUGUCUUUCUGCAGUGGUUCAGCCCCUCACUUUCCCAUGAAGAAGGUUCUGCUACUCCUCUGGAAGCUAAUUCUGGUGUCACUGGGGGGAAUCGACGAGUUGAGACGCUUGAAAAAACUUUACAGGGAGGAGGCAGGACUGGAUCCACCUCAGGAGGAUACGAUCGAAGUUGCUAGGACAAUGAGAGCCAGUUCUCCGCCGAUGAGUGCUCCUGAUUUAUUGGAAACGCAAGGAAUCGAUGCACAGAAGAGAAACAACAAACGUCCUUUCAGGAGGAGCUUAAUGAAGCAGAGCUCACUGGAUGAGCCAGCCCUUGCUAUGGAGAACGAAUAUGGAAAGGAGGGAGAGACCGGGGGUAAUGAGGGUGAUGUCGAGGUAAUUGAGUGCGUGAGAAUGGUGCCAAUGUCACAGAUUCCCAUGUACUGCGAAAGGCAGAUGGAGCUGAGACCCAGCACACCUGAACUAGCGAAAACAAGAGGAUUACCUUGGACACCAAAAGUCAGGCAGAAAGAUGUGGCUGCUUUUCUCGACAGUUCACGUCUUAAAUUUGUGGGGUACAAACUCGAGGGUGAUGUUCAGAGCCUCGUGGGCUUACCCCAUCCCAUUCACGAGGGUGUUAACACUCUCAAACGACACAUGUACACUUCUCUUGCUGAGGUGCAGAUUCAGAAAGAGGAAGAGAUAUCCAGGAAUCCCAUGAGCACACCUGAACCACCACUCAGCCAGACACCCACUGAGAUUCUCUAUCAGGCUAUUUUACCAAAUCUUCCUCAGUAUAUGAUUGCUCUUUUGAAGAUUCUCCUCGCUGCUGCACCCACUAGCAAAGCGAAAACUGAUAGUAUCAAUAUUAUGGCUGAUGUACUGCCUGAGGAAAUGCCCAUGACUGUCCUGCAGUCCAUGAAACUUGGAAUCGAUGUCAAUCGACAUAAGGAGAUCAUUGUCAAGGCUAUCUCCGCUAUUCUGCUCCUGCUACUCAAGCAUUUCAAGCUGAAUCAUAUUUAUCAAUUUGAGUUUAUGUCCCAACAUCUUGUUUUUGCUAAUUGCAUACCACUUGUCUUGAAAUUUCUGAAUCAGAAUAUUUUAGGGUAUAUCGAGGCCAAGAAUAUGAUUCCUAUUCUAGAUUUUCCAAUCUGUGUGAUCGGUGAUCAGCCAGAGCUGACUAUUGAAAGCCUCGAAAUUGGUGAUAGCCAAACGUAUUCGUGGAGGAAUGUCUUUUCAUGUAUCAAUCUACUUCGUAUUCUCAACAAAUUAACGAAAUGGAAACACAGCAGAAUUAUGAUGCUAGUCGUUUUCAAAUCCGCCCCAAUUCUAAAACGAACUCUGAAAGUUAGAAAUGCUAUGAUGCAGCUUUACGUCUUGAAGUUGCUGAAGAUGCAGACCAAGUAUCUGGGGAGACAGUGGCGAAAGACGAACAUGAAGACCAUUAGCGUUAUUUAUGCUAAAGUGAGACAUCGAUUGAAUGAUGACUGGGCUUAUGGAAAUGAUCUCGAGGCACGACCAUGGGACUUCCAAGCCGAAGAGUGUACCCUACGUGCCUCUGUCGAUCAAUUCAACAAUCGACGAUACUUAAAUACGAUAAAGGAUGAUCAACUGGACCCCGUGGACACGUCGUUCGUCUCAGUAUUGGGUGCCAACAUCGAACUAACUGAUGAAUUUAAACGGCAUUACGAAUUGUGGCUGCAGCAGGAAGUUUUCCAGACCUCAAUCGACUGGGAUAAAUUACUGCAGAUUGAGAAUGAUAUUUGAACAUUUUUUAGAACUAAAACAUCGUUACUCAUAUUUUUUAAGGAAGAAUUUGCGUUUUAGAGAUCCAAUUCGGCAGUAAAAGUCAUCAGUUCGAUCAUUAUUACGAUAUUACACUCAUAAAUAUUGUCACUGAUUUACACGCGACUGGUAGGGAAAUUAAUUAGUCAUCUCACAGUAUUUAUCAGUCUUUGAGUAUAAAUUAUCAUUGUAAUGUUUUCUAUCUCAUUAGUUAUAACUUAAUUUUUCAUAACAUUUUUUUUUAUUUCUGAAGAUAUUUUAUGGGAAGUAGGUGAAUGUGUCGAGAGUCCUGUAGAUUUGAGUGAGGAGUAUGACUGAGUGAUUACAUUCAGUCAAAUUUCUUCAUCUCAUAACGAUUCCACGUUCUUGUAUGGAAGAAAUUAUUCAAGAUCACUCGUGCUGUAAUUAAUUCCAGAUUAACUCACCUUAAUCAGUAAAAUUGUUAUUAUUUCCCUCGUAAAAACGGGAACAACUUGAUAAACUGAGUUUAAAUAUAGCUUUAGGGAAAAAGUGGCAUCAUAGCUAUUUUCAAAUUAGAAUUACAAAUUUCAUUGCUUUUUCAGGAUAAUCGGUUAUUAGUUGGAAAAAAGGCAUUUUGCAAAAUUUAUUGGUAAUACUGGCGCGAACAAAAAGUAGAAAAACCUAGUGAUCAUUUACUAAUUAUGUAAAUCUAUAACAAUUCUCUAGAAAUUUGAUAAGAAUUUUAUUUAAAAAUUUAUGAUUUUGUUAAGAGAUAUUUAAUAGAAAAAAAUCCAUAGAUUUUCAUUUUUCUAUAGAAAUCCUUACAACUUCUUCCGUAUUUUUCUUUGUUUUUUAUAACAAAAUUCGGGAAAAAGGUGAACACUUACAGAAAAGAAUUUUUCAAUAGAACUCUAAUAGAACUCCAAUAGAAUUUUCCAGAAAACGGCAUGGGCUUUUCUGUUAAUUUUUUUCAUACUUUCAUUAAUUAACUCAACGAUCAAAUAAUUACGAGAUAUAAAUUUUUAUUUAAUCAACAAUUCCCAACAUCGAGCCGAUUGUAGAAACAUCCACAAAGAACAAUCAAUGAUUUGAAUAAAUACAUGAAUUUGUAUGUAUAAAAAUGCGCGUGGCCAUGUAGCCAUUCAACGUUUUGAGGGAAUUACGUAUAAAAAGUGAUAAAUAAAGGAUGAAGUAUUCAAGGAU